UAAAAUAUUAAAUAUUGGGACGAAAAUGCCAUGACAAAAUUCCCUAUUACUUUUGCGAUUUUUUUUUAUAUGGUUUAUUGUAGAUAAUCAAAAAAUUUGGCACACAUUUUUUUGUAUCAAACUAAGUAAGUUAAUGGCAAACAGAUAAUGUCUAGCAGCAAAAAGAGUCGAAGACGGUCCAGUCUGGCAGUGGCCAAGAUUCGCAUGGAGCUCAACCCAGAUCCAGGCAGAGGACUUCACAAGCAGAUUGAUGCAAGUUUAUCCCCUGAAGAAAGGCUCACAAAGUUGGCCAGCCUUUCUAUACAGCAUGGGUUGUCCCAGUGUGGUGGGGAGACUGGUGACCCGGAAAUAGCAGAGGUUUUACAGGCAGCGGUUCCCCAUGUACAGGAGUGUCUCCAGGGAAGCAAUACCCAGCAGGCCUUAGCAAGUGCCUGCAGAUCUGACUGUCUUCUCCCCAACCCUGUGAACAUAGAGAUGGAGGAGACCAUUCUGAUGAUGCAGGAGAAAAUACAAAGGUUGAGGGAUGAGGAGGUAAGAUGGAGGGAGUACAAGGAGGAGCUGGCAGAGAGGGCCCAGCAGGCAGAAAGGCGCACAGAGAAUCCCCGUUUACAUGCGAGAGACAUGGAAAGCCAGCAGCGGGAAAUUUCAUCUGAGUACCUGCCGUCGUUCUCUGACCUGUCAGUCGUCCGAGACCAGGUGGAACGAGCAAAGAUAAAAGUCUACCAGCUGACAAAGACACAUCAAAGGAAUGUCCAUGUGUCCCAGCAACACCAGAUGCGGCUAAACAAGAAAAUGGGUGUGGCCUUGAAACAGUUGCAAGCCCAUGACCAGUGGUCGAUGUCUAGCCCAAGAGUGCACAUUGAAAACCUGAUAGAGUUUCCAACACCACCCCGAAAACCUGACAGAGUUCCCAAUACCACCCUGAAAACCUGACAGAGUUCCCAAUACCACCCUGAAAACCUGACAGUGCCACUCUAAGAACCUGACGGAGUUUAGAACACCACCCUGAAAACCUGAUAAGAGUUCCCAAUACUACCCUGAAAACCCGAUUGAGUUUCCAACACCACCCUGAAAACUAAGAGAGUUCCCACCACCACCCUGAAAACCUGACAGUGCCACUCUAAAAACCUGACAGAGUUUCGAACACCACCCUGAAAACCUGAUAGAGUUCCUAACACUACCCUAAAAACCUGAUAGAGUUUCCAACACCAUGCUGAAAACCUGAGAGAGUUCCCAACUCUACCCUGAAAACCUGAUAGAGUUCCCAACACCACCCUGAAAACCUGAUAGAGUUCCCAACUCUACCCUGAAAACCUGAUUGAGUUUCAAACACCACCCUGAAAACCUGACAGUGUUCCCUACACCACCCUGAAAACCUGAUAGAGUUCCCACCACCACCCUGAAAACCUGACAGUGCCACUCUGAGAACCUGAAAACCUGAUAGAACUUCCAACACCACUCUGAAAACCUGAUAGAGUUCCAAACACUACCCUGAAAACCUGAUAGAGUUUCCAACACUAGCCUGAAAAAAUGAGAAUUUCUGACACAACCCGGAAAACAUUAGAAUUUCCGACACAGCUCUGACAACAUGAGAGUUUUCAAACCACCCUGAAAAUAAGAUAAUUUCCAAUAUCACCCUGAAAAUAUGAUAGUGUUUCCAACAUCACUCUGACAUUCUGAUAAGAGUUUCAUACACAACUUUGAGAACAUGAUAUUUUCCAACAUCACUUUGACAACCUGAUAGAGUUUCAAACACCACCCUGAAAACAUGAUACGGUUUACCACAUUUCCUGAAGACAUAUCAAUUGUUUCCAACAACAUUCUGAAAACAUGAUUCAGUUUCUAACCCAGCCCUGGAAAGUGUUUAACACAGUGAAUAAUUUUCAUUGAUAACUAUGGGUCAAUGGAAGCUGAUACCAUCGGAAACUAUUCAAGUAUCCACUGUAAUAAUAUUUUCGUCCUACACAAGCUUAAGGAAAUCGGUUUAAACUGAACAGAAUCAACAAGCACACACAUACACAGAGAAGGUUUGUUCAAUUGUAAUUUUCAUUGGCUUUGAAAGAAAAGAAAAAAAUCUUCAAAAAAAAGAUAGAUUUUGUGUGUUAAAACAUUUGACGAAGUUUUAAUAUUGAUCUUAAUUGGCCAUCUUUGAUACAUUAAGUGACUUAUUGGGUUUUCUUUGAUAUAUGGUGUUGUAUUGUUUUGUGGUCUGAAAGCAAUUGUAUAAUGAAUUUAAAGCUUGAACUACAUGUAUGAAGUUUUGUGUUCAAAUACUUUUUAAAGCUGCCCUUUCUUCUGCAUGAUUCUAUUAUUGUAUAAUUAUUAUUGUAUUGUUUGUAUGCAAAGAAAUACUUGCUGAUUUCUCAAUAAAUAUAUU